CUCUCCACCACGGCCAUCCAGUCGAGCUCCGCCGACAACCGACGCGACGAGUGCCUCUGAUACCGCUUCCGAACACGCGCCAAUCCACCGGCACUGCUCUGGCCCGGCAUGUCGUACUUCUUCUCCACCCCGGUCGACAUCGACAUCGUGCUCGAGGACCUCGACGACCGUUCCGCCGUUGACGUCAAGCUCGACAAGAACCGCAAGGAGAAGGUGCCGCUGUAUCUCGAUGGCGAAUCGGUCAAGGGCCAGGUCACCGUAAGGCCCAAGGAUGGCAAGCGCCUGGAGCACACGGGCAUCAAGGUGCAAUUCAUUGGAACCAUUGAAAUGUUCUUCGACCGCGGAAACCAUUACGAGUUCCUCUCCCUUGGCCAAGAGCUGGCAGCCCCCGGCGAGCUCCAGCACCCGCAGACGUUCGACUUCAACUUCAAAAACGUCGAGAAGCAAUACGAAUCGUACAAUGGCAUCAACGUCAAGCUGCGCUACUUUGUACGCGUCACCGUAUCGCGGAGGAUGGCAGAUGUAGUCAGAGAGAAGGACCUCUGGGUCUACUCCUACCGGAUACCGCCCGAGACCAACAGCUCCAUUAAGAUGGACGUCGGUAUCGAAGACUGCCUACACAUUGAGUUCGAGUAUUCGAAAUCGAAAUACCACUUGAAGGACGUUAUUGUGGGCAGGAUAUACUUCCUGCUGGUACGGUUAAAGAUCAAGCACAUGGAGUUGUCUAUCAUAAGAAGAGAGACAACAGGGGCUGCUCCCAACCAGUACAACGAGAGCGAGACGCUAGUACGCUUCGAGAUCAUGGAUGGCUCACCGUCGCGAGGUGAAACAAUUCCCAUCAGAUUGUUCCUCGGCGGCUUCGACCUGACACCAACCUUCCGUGAAGUCAACAAGAAGUACUCCACACGAUACUACUUGAGUCUAGUCCUCAUCGAUGAAGACGCACGUCGAUACUUUAAGCAAUCUGAGAUCGUGUUAUUCCGACAAGCACCGGAAGGCCUGACGUUGGCUCAGGAGCAGAAUAAGCUGAUGGCAGUGUCGUGAGGACGUAGAUGGAAGUCACUGCGAAGAUACUUGCAACUUGUUGAGCGUGGGGUGUGGGAUUUGCCCAAGGCUUCCCAUCGACCCACCAUGCGAAUGUUUGGACCUCGGGAUUGGGCUUAACAUUGUACUAUCACACCGCGGCGGCGGGAGCUUACGCAGUCACUGGGGCGUUCUUCAGUGCAUGGAUAUUGCAUGUGUAAAUACAGCAACGCAGCAUUCCAGGAACGGCAAUGUCGCAGGGAAAUCAUCGGGCAAACGUAGAAAUCUUGGCCGAGUCUCCACAUUACGAUGCAAUAGUGCGUGACACCUGCAUGAUCGUGGUGCACCAUCGGCUCUGCUCCCGAACCCUCUACUACAGAAGUGUGGCUUGUGUGGUUCUCUAGAUAGGCCGUGAGAGUCGGCAUCGCCACUGCCGGUGUUGCGGCUUCUUGAUCGUUGUUAUGCUUAUUGGUUCCUAUCGGUUUUGUAGUGCUCGGAUGAUCUGCACCUAAACAUCCC